CUCCUCCUCUACAUGUGCUCUCUACCAAUUGAAUGUGGUCCCCACGAGCGUCGCCUUCUCAAAGACUUACUAAAGAACUAUAAUGUGAUGGAGAGACCGGUGCUCAAUGAAUCGGAGUCUAUCACCAUUCGUUUCAGCGUUACCCUGCAGCAAGUGAUUGACAUUGAUGAGAAAAACCAGCAAAUUAUUACCAAUAUGUGGUUGAAAAUGGAAUGGGAAGAUGCUAAUCUUGUAUGGAAGCCAGAUGACUACGGAGGCGUCACAAACUUACGCAUUGCACCAGACAAAGUUUGGCGACCAGAUAUUCUCAUGUACAAUAGUGCUGAUGAAAAGUUUGACGGCACUUUCCAUACAAAUGUAGUUGUGUUGUCCAAUGGCACAAUGCUCUAUAUGCCACCAGGUAUCUUCAAAAGCACUUGCAAAAUUGACAUUACAUGGUUUCCCUUUGACGACCAGUAUUGUGAUCUAAAGUUUGGCUCGUGGACGUACCAGCUGGACGCUCUUGAUCUGCUGCUGACCAACAAGACGGGCGACCUGAGCAGCUACAUCCCCAAUGGUGAAUGGGUGCUCUUGGAUCUGCCGGGCACUCGCCACGAGGAGUCCUACGAGUGCUGUCCCUCCAAGUACAUAGACAUCACCUAUCGAGUGUCAUUGCGCCGACGGACACUUUACUACGGUUUCAACCUCAUCGUCCCAUCGAUGAUCAUCAGCUCAAUGACACUGCUCUCAUUCACACUGCCGCCUGAUUCAGGAGAAAAGCUGACACUCGGCGUGACCAUACUCCUCUCUAUGAUUGUCUUUCUCAUGCAGCUGGCGGAAAUUAUGCCUGCCACUUCAGAUUCUGUGUCCAUUGUGGGCAGCUACUUUGCGUGCAUCAUGGUGAUGGUUGCCUUCUCUGUCGUCAUGACCGUCGUCGUGCUCAACUUUCACCAUCGAACAACUGAACAGCAGCAGGAGAUGCCUCGAUGGAUCCGCAACGUCAUCUGCACCUGGUUACCAUAUGUGCUCUUCAUCAAACGGCCACCAGAGCUUUUUAAACGCUACGAUGGAGUAAAUUCAAAAAGGGCAAACGAGCCCAAAGGAAGGACCCCCUAUAACCCUCGAGACGCGACCAACACCAUUGGCGGCGACCCGGCCAGUCGACCGAACCACCACCCGGGCGUCUCACUGGUGCCACUGUACGACGCCACUGGAGCGCCCCGAGCCGCAGAGCCGACCAUUGCUGAGAUGCUGCUGCUUCGCGAGAAGAUAACCGAGUACGAGAAUCUGGUGGAGGAGGCGAACAGCCCGCCCUUCCUGGUGGAGAUUCGGGUGUUGGCUCUUCAGGGGCUGACCACCAGCACCACCAGCAACAGCACACUGGAUACCUCUUCAGCGUUCUAG